AUGGGUAUGGGUAUGGGUAUGGGUAUGGGUAUGGGUAUGGGUAUGGGUAUGGGUAUGGGUAUGGGUAUGGGUAUGGGUAUGGGUAUGGGUAGGUAG